AUGGGUGAAGUUAAACCAAACGAAGAGGAAGAAUCUAAUGCCUUUCUUCAAUUAGCAGAAUGUGAAUUGAAAGUUGAUGCAAUUGAGAAAGAUGUUGCACAAUAUCGAUUGGAUAAGAUGAAAUCAGUUUAUCAAGAAAGAGACGGUUUAGUAAAUAAGAUUCCAGAAUUUUGGAAAAUUGUAUUAUCUCAACAUACAGAUUUUGCCAAUUAUAUUAGAGCAUCUGAUUUUACAUAUGUAGAUUGUAUUCAAGAUGUGAAAGUUGAGUGGGAUAAUGUUGAUGAAUUUAAAAUUAUUAUUAAGUUUGAUGGUAUAAAGGAUGAUUUUGAAGCACAGACAGUUACUAAACAAUUCAAGAGACAAAAAAUAAUUGACGAUACUAAAAGCAAGGAAGACUCAGACUCAGAUGAUGACGAUGAUGAACUUGAGAAGUUAAUUAGUGAACCAGUGGAUAUAAAAUGGCCAAAGAAGUAUGAAGAUAUUUGCCCUGAAUCUAUUCAGGAUAAGAAAAGUCCAGAAGGUAAAAAAAAAUAUAGACAAGGUAUGAAGAGUUUAUUUGGAUGGUUUAGAUGGACUGGAUUAAAGCCAGGUAAAGAAUUCCCACACGGUGAUUCAUUUGCAGAAUUGAUUGUAGAUGAUUUAUAUCCAUACUGUGUCAAGUACUAUACAGAGGCUCAUAGAGAUUUAGAGGAUGAGAACGAUGAUAGCGAUAGUGAAAGUGAAGGAGAAUUGGAUUUAAGUGACGAUGAAGGUAAUGAGAAUGAACCAAAGAGAAGAAAAUUAUAA